AUGUCUGAUUUCGCUUCCAAUCCUGAUGUCGACGCUCUAUUCGAAGACGAUCCUGGACCGAUUGACACCAUUGAUGACGACGACGACGACGAUUUAAAAAUUGACGACGCUGAAACCAAAGUCUGGCUCGUUAAAGUACCCAAGUUCCUUGCGCAAAAGUGGAAAGAGGUUGAUCAAGACGACGUUAACCUUGGCAGCGUACGAAUCUAUGAACAACCACCCCCAGGACGAUCGAGUAGGAUUUCUUUGAUCUUACCUGAAGGCGAAGCAACGAAUAUCCCAAAAGAGUACUUGAUUCAUAUCCCACCAGCAGAAGCAACGAACAAGUUUGUAUUUACAGAAGGAGAGAAUGGAAGUAAAACAAUAAGCGGCACCGUACAUCACGAGUGCACGGCAACCCCAACACAUGUGGAUUCCUACCGAGGCAUCAUGCGAAAGAGAGUCAUGGAAGCAGAAACACCACAAAGGAGUGUGCAAGAGAUCGGCAAGAGCAAUCAACCCAUGUUCGUUCCUGGUGCAGGAAGUGCGUUGGCCAACACUGGUUUCUCUGAUUUCACUCCAUCGAAGCGACAAAAGACAGACAACAAGGAGAAAGCAACACGUAUGCCACGCAACGAGCUUAUGGACGUUUUGUUUGUUGCAUUUGAUCGUUAUCCUUAUUGGUCAUUCAAGGGUUUAUUGGAGCACAUACGACAACCAUCACAAUACCUCAAGGAAGUAUUGAAUGACAUUUGCAUCUUGAACAAGCGUGGACCUUAUGCUGGCAACUAUCAGCUUAAACCUGAGUAUGUACAACGAUCUUCGCAAGCUGAACAAUCGAGUGGAGCAGCAAAGGAUUCAGGAAGCCCAUCAUCUGGUGAUGAAGAUGAAGACGAGGAAGAGGCUAUGGAAACCAUUCAUGUGUAG